AAUACACACUAGUUUUGUACCUGUAUUCAAAUUUUGAUUGUGAUAAAAAUAAAACUUUUGCGACAGUAAAACAGUACAGUUUAAUUUUGCUUGCAAACUAAUUUAUCUUUAACAUAAGUAGUUAAAUAUGAAAGUUUGAACCACAGUGAGAGUUGAGACCUUUAAUAAUUACAUUUUUGUAAGUUUCGAAAGCGCAAGUUUGUACAAGUGGCAAGGCCGAGAUCUGAGUCAAAAGAAUAACAGCUAUAUAAAUGCUGUCAAAGAAAUUUAGUUUCAAACGCUUCGCGCUGUUCUGGAUACUUGAAAGGAAAAUAUUGAAAUGGCUUAUUUUGAUUAUCGCCUGAUAUUGUGCCUUGUUGGAUUUGUCCUUCAGCUUUCACACUGUUUUGAGCUUGAUAAUAAUGAAAUGACAAAAGAGAAAGCUAGAUUUAUUUUUCGUCAACAAGCUGAUAGCAUUCCAGAUUACCAUACGGUUCAUGUAGAUUCCCAUUCAAAAUAUCGCAGUAAACGCGAUGCUGGAUACAGUCUUCACCUCGUACAGUUUGAAAUAGAUAAAUACAAAUAUAGUUUAAAGCUUAAUUGGCGCAGAAGGUCAGUUUUGGAACUGUCUACUCCGAUAUUAUUAAUCACGUCGGUUUCGAAUGAAACUCGAAGUUAUGCGUAUAAAAUUGUCGAAGAAGAUAAAAAAAUAAUCGAUGGUGUCUUCUUUGAAGAUUUAGAUAAUGUUGCAACGUUAUUAGCAUAUUAUGAUAAAAAACGACGUCGAAUUUUGUAUGAUGGUAUCUUUGGCCUUGGCACGGAAACGCACGUUAUCCGGUCCGUGCCUGAAAAAUGGAGAACAAUAUCUAAACCUACCGAAAGUUUUAAAAGGACGAACAGCAAAGAAAACAAUGAACACAUUGUGUUCAGACCAUCAACUCAUAAUAAGAAAGCUCGAUCUUCUUUCCUUGACGUCGGUUACAAUACAGAUGAAAAGGAUAAGUUAAAUGAGCCUGUAGAAAAAUUGCACAUAAAGAUCUUACCUGUACUUGACUAUGCACUCUUCCACUUAUUAGGAGAAAAUGUUCAAGAAACUUUGAAGUACGUGGCAACAUUUUGGAAUGCAGUUGAUAUGCAGUUUAGUCAAAUUGAUCGUUCAAAAAUAGAAAUAACUGUCACGGGAGUAGUUAUUGCUACAGACGAGGAUGCACUUACUUUUAUAAAUGAGUGUCGUAAUAAAGCAGACCCAAGUAAAGCUGAUGCUUUUCAGUUUUUGGAAAGAGCUCGUAUGUAUUUUUAUAAAAAUUUCAUAAAUGAUACGGGCAUAACAAAUUAUGAUGCUAUCUUUGUUAUGACAGGAUUGGAUACCAAACCCACAGCAGGCAUGUCAUAUAUUGGUAGGAUUUGCAAUAGGUUGUACAGCACGGCAUUUGUUCUGGAUGAUGCUAAUUUUUUGAGUUUGCACUCAGCAGUGCACGAACUAGGGCAUUUGAUGAACUUUUAUCAUGACGGUUCAGAUAGUGCGGAAGAUUGUAAUCCAUAUCCCGAAAAUGAUGUGAGUACUGUGAUGGCACCUUUUAUUUCGGAAGCAAAAUCGAUUGUGUGGUCUCAAUGCAGUAAAAGAAGUCUUGAAGAGUUCAUUCAGACAAAAGCAGCUAAAUGUUUAAGAGAGGCACAUCGUAUUAAGUAAAUUGGUAAAACCAUUAAAAUUCUAUAUAAUCUAAUGAAUAUAAUUAGUUUUAUUCAACAGUUAAAUAACGAAUCACAUAUUUUGUUAAAUUUAUUUACCGACGCGAAAGGAGUAAUGUAACCGUGAGUAAGUGUGAUUUAUCUUAAUGUUCCUACUGUAUCGAUUAUGUAUGGUUGUCGGUAGCAAAUGCAGAAAUGUACCUUACCGACGCGUCAAUAAGAUUUGGAAGGGCGAUCGUAGAUGUCGCGAUCAAAAUUUUCAAAAUAAUAUACAACAAAUAAAAGAUUAAACGUUUAA